UUGUGGUCAGUGGAAGAAUGUCCCCUAAAACAUUGGGAGUCAGUGGGAAGAAUGCCCCUUAACAUUGGUGGUCAGUGGGAAGAAUGCCCCUUACAUUGGUGGUCAGCGGGAAGAAUGUUCCUUACAUUGGUGGUCAGUGGGAAGAAUGCCCCUUACAUUGGUGAUCAGUGGGAAGAAUGUCCUUACAUUGGUGGUCAGUGGGAAGAAUGCCCCUUACAUUGGGGUCAGUGGGAAGGAAUGCCCCUUACAUUGGGGGUCAGUGGAAGAAGAAUGUCCCUUACAUUGGUGGUCAUAGGGAAGAAUGCCCCUUACAAUUGGGGGGUCAGUGGGAAGAAUGUCCCUUACAUUGGUGGUCAGUGGGAAGAAUGUCCCUUA